GGUAUUCACCAAUCGUAAAACAGUUCAACGGAGGAAAAAGGAGAAAUGCCGGACAAUUUGGAAACUCGUCUUAAAACUCGAUUUUGGGUCCUAUGAGAUAAGUGUCGGAAAGAUAUAUAUUGGGUACACGUAAACUAGUGGUAGACUAAAGCGAUAGAGGCAGUGCUCAAUGUUCGCGCAGGAGCUUCGAAGAAAAUCCAAGUGUGAUAAGAUGGCGUCACGCACGUCAGACCUAGGGAAGAAGUGAGGGGUAGAGGAAAGACAGGAAGGAGGCAGGCCAGGCGAACGUCGCCAGGGGACUGCGGUGUGUGACACAGAGUGCGAAUACGGUGCUGUCAUGUCUUCUUCGAGCCUUAAGAACGGCUAUAUUUCGAUUACGGUGAAAUCUUGUGCACGAUCCAUUGUUUAAUAAUAUUAUCAAUGCCUUUGUUCGGCAAUAAGAACUAUUCUCGUUUUAACGCGCUUAUUUCAACAAUACGAAGACGGAGUUAAUAGCGGUAGUCAAUUCUCUUGUGUUCGAAAAAGAACAAACGUGCAACGAUAAUCGACUAGGUACUCGAGAGAGAGAACCUUCCUCUCGGUCCUGGAUACGUCGAGGAGGAGGAGGAGACGGAGGCGAACUGCCAAAGAGAUGCGCGAGUUCAAGGUAGUCGUCCUCGGCUCGGGCGGGGUAGGCAAGAGUGCACUCACCGUGCAAUUUGUUUCGGGAUGUUUUAUGGAGAAGUACGAUCCAACGAUCGAGGACUUUUAUCGAAAAGAAAUAGAAGUGGACAACUCACCGUGUGUACUCGAGAUUCUCGAUACCGCCGGUACCGAACAAUUCGCGAGUAUGCGCGAUCUCUACAUAAAGAACGGCCAAGGCUUCGUCGUAGUUUAUAGCCUGACGAAUCAUCAGACUUUCCAGGAUAUUAAGGCAAUGAAGGAAUUGAUAACACGCGUCAAAGGUACUGAAAGGGUGCCGGUAUUGCUUGUCGCGAACAAGCUCGACCUCGAGCAUCAACGUGAAGUGGAUACCGCCGAAGGUAAUACUUUGGCGCAACUCUGGGGCUGCCCAUUUGUUGAAGCAUCCGCGAAAAAUCGCACGAAUGUCAACGAAGUAUUUGCGGAAAUUGUACGCGAGAUGAACUUCAGCCCUGAGAAAGAGAAGAAGAGCUACUGCUGUUGCAGCAUCCUCUAAUAAUUAAUCAAAAUCCUGAACCGGGCUAACCGAGCCAUGUUAGGUAAAGGAAAUGCAUAUAGUGGCUGAUCGCAGUACACUAGGUGAGAUUUAUUCAUCUGGUGGCUACGCUCUCUCUCUUAGGCUCAACAUUGGGCUUGUGCUGUGAAUUCGCCAAUCUGUAAGACUAAUAUUAUGAUCGUACCCUGGAUUUUUGUGAAUUCAAAUACGUCAAAGACUCAUGCCGUCUCUUGGUUCUUUUUCUAUUGGAAAAUCACAGCCUGCUAUUUAGCUGGCUGUUAAAUAUUUUAAUAUACAUGGAUAGUAUUAUGUGUAAUAUUAUUGUAAUAUAUAAUAGUAGAUGUAAGUGGGCAAUGAAAGAGGUAACUCCGUCAGCAAAGGACCAAUACUCGAGAGAGAAAGAGUGAGAAAAGGGAAUAGCAAAAUGGAAUAGGAAAGGACACAGUCAAGGGUGAUAACAGAACUGCCCUAUGGUAGUUGUUACUCGUUAACAGCGAAACCAAACUCAAUAUGUCUAGCUUUCUGCUCAAUCUAAAAAUGCACCUGUUGCGUAUUUGUUCCAGUCCAUGAACCUCUAUUACUCGCAGGUUAGAUGCUGAUUAACAAAGCAUCCAAAUUAUUUGCAGAUAUUGAAGGAAUCACUGUGGUGGUCAGCCAUUUGAAAUAGUGAAAAGAAUUUAAAACAUUUGAAUAAAUGUUGUUUACAAUGUACAGUCAAGAAUUGGGAAGAAGAUAGAUGGUUUUAGAUACAUUGUGCAAUGAUUUCCAUUAACGAUAUAUUACCUAUGCUCAAUUGUCAGAGGCUGCGGUAAAGAAUACAUUGUAUAGAGGGCUUGAAUGGUGUGUCGUUAAUGGUACUGGUAUUGAUUGUACAGUUCUAAUAGUAGAAUUACAUUUUAUCGAGGUGAACAUGGAGUAUCGAAUAUGGUCACCAAUGGGUAGAAUUUUAUAUUUGAGACCAGGAUAUUCAAAGUUGUGUUCUUGUCAGCUUUCAAUAUAAUUCCAUUGCAUACCAGAUAUUGUCUAUAUUCUUAUUUUGAUAAGGAUUACCAUAAUUGGAAUAAGAACUCAAAGCACAACAUCUAAUGCUUCGAUCAAUCAAGGUACGACAAAGAAGGACAAAAGGAACUAAGAAGAAAGGAGAUUACAGUAAUAUUACAGAAGAAUAUUAGUGCAUAACGUCAAUCGUAAACAUAAUUAUAGGAUUUAUAUGGUAAAGUGUGUACAAUAGAAACAAAAAUACAAGAUCUUUAUACAAUUCUAAAAAGUUUUAUAGCCAAUUUUAAAAAAACCAGCAAGAGGAGGUGAGACUUUGAAAUGUGUUUUUUCACAAAGGCUUGCUGGUACAUUGAUCCCUUCAACUGCAAAAUACAUAUGUGGUAUUCAUAAUAAUCUCCAGUAUAUCCAUUGCUUUGUAUGAAGAAAAAAUCUCCUUUCAAAACUGAUUAACAUUGAGUUCGUGUAUGUAAACAGAUAAAUGUAAAAAAAGAAGCAAUGGACUCCCUUACAAGUAGUAGUAGGUCGUGUGUAAUUUUUCUCGUGUGAUCAAAAAUCAUAUUAUUCGAUGUUAAAUACCGCUUUUAUACCAUAACAGUCAUUACAUUAGCUCGAUAUGUUAUUAUUUAACGCCACCAUCGAAGUCAUUAAUUUCCGUGUGAUCGCUGCACAACGUACCUUAACAAAAAUGAGGGCUGUUCGAUCGAUUAAC